UUUAUUUUAUUGGUACAGGGCCUUUGAACUGAGCUACAUCCCCAGCCUUCAUUUAUUUUUUAUUUUGAGACAAGGUCUCACUAAAUCACUAAACUCCCCAGGCUGGGGCUCAAACUUCUUUCUGCUUGAAUUUCUUUCUGUCUUCCACAGUUCUAAGAUUAUAGGUGUUGCAACCACGCCCGGCAAAUUAAUUUUUUCUAAUGUAAGCAACUUCUAUAAUAUUCAUCAGCACGAAACUAUUUAGUAUAAUUGGGCAGUAUGCCUGUAAUUCAUAAUAUUUAAUAACAUGUUCACACGGCCGAGUGCUGGUGACUUCAGGCUCUUGUUUACUGGAAAGCGAGGAAAACCUGUUUCCACAGCAACUCUGUGAUUGGUUUACGCUAGACCUGAGUCUAUUUUGAUUGGCUCAUUCAAUGAAUAUCUUCUCGGCCUGAGCCGCUAGUGGCCAAUAUGGCUACACAACUAGCUCCUGGAAACCGGCAGACACGUGGCUACUGCAGGCCGGGCCGAACGCAGGAGGACCUUGUUUUCCUUACCGCUAGGGGCGCAGGCUGUUCUUCGUUGCUAAAGUCUCAUUUCCCAGAAGCCUCUUGCGUGACCAAUCAACGGACAGUCUCAAUACCGCUUUCAAAGUCGGCGGGCCCUUUGACCAAGAGUAAAGCAGGUACCGCCCCUAACGCCAGGAUUGAUGGGAAGUCUCACGAAUCACAUCACACGCCUCUGCUAUCUCCGCCUCUCUCGCUUGGGAUUGACGAUCCUUUCGACCAAUCGGGAACGCCGAGUCGGCGGGUGGAGGAACGCGGCCCUCUGUAAUGGCGGAGCGUGGCGGGGACGGGGGGGACGGUGAGCGAUUCAACCCGGGGGAGCUCAGGAUGGCACAACAGCAGGCCUUGAGGUUCCGAGGCCCUGCUCCCCCACCGAAUGCAGUGAUGCGAGGCCCUCCACCUCUCAUGCGACCACCUCCCCCUUUUGGUAUGAUGCGAGGCCCUCCACCGCCCCCUCGGCCCCCUUUUGGACGUCCUCCUUUUGAUCCUAAUAUGCCACCAAUGCCUCCUCCAGGAGGGAUUCCUCCGCCUAUGGGCCCUCCGCACCUCCAGAGGCCACCUUUCAUGCCUCCACCCAUGGGAACCAUGCCUCCACCUCCGGGGAUGAUGUUUCCUCCAGGAAUGCCUCCUGUGACUGCUCCUGGUACUCCAGCGCUGCCUCCUGCUGAGGAGAUAUGGGUUGAAAAUAAAACUCCAGAUGGGAAGGUUUAUUAUUACAAUGCUCGGACUCGUGAAUCUGCAUGGACCAAACCAGAUGGAGUUAAGGUUAUUCAGCAGUCAGAACUGACACCUAUGCUUGCAGCCCAAGCACAGGUUCAGGCCCAGGCUCAGGCCCAGGCCCAGGCGCAGGCGCAGGCCCAGGCUCAGGCCCAGGCCCAGGCGCAGGCCCAGGCCCAGGCGCAGGCGCAGGCCCAGGCCCAGGCUCAGGCCCAGGCUCAGGCUCAGGCCCAGGCCCAGGCCCAGGCCCAGGCUCAGGCCCAGGCCCAGGCUCAGGCUCAGGCACAAGUGCAAGCACAAGCUGUAGGAGCUUCUACCCCUACGACCAGUAGCCCAGCACCUGCAGUGUCUACUUCAACGUCAUCAUCCACCCCAUCCUCUACCACUUCUACCACAACAACUGCUACUUCGGUUGUGCAGACAGUAUCAACACCCACAACACAAGAUCAGACCCCAAGUUCUGCUGUUUCAGUUGCCACGCCUACAGUUAGUGUUUCAACUCCUGCUCCUACAGCCACACCUGUGCAAACCGUCCCCCAGCCGCACCCCCAGACGUUACCUCCUGCCGUUCCUCAUUCAGUACCUCAGCCAGCAGCAGCAAUACCUGCUUUUCCACCAGUAAUGGUACCUCCGUUUCGUGUUCCCCUUCCUGGCAUGCCAAUUCCACUUCCAGGUGUAGCAAUGAUGCAAAUAGUCAGCUGCCCGUAUGUAAAGACAGUCGCUACCACCAAGACCGGUGUAUUGCCAGGAAUGGCUCCUCCCAUUGUACCCAUGAUACAUCCCCAGGUUGCCCUUGCAGCUUCACCUGCGACCUUAGCUGGAGCAACGGCAGUUUCUGAAUGGACUGAAUAUAAAACAGCUGAUGGGAAAACAUAUUAUUAUAAUAAUAGAACAUUAGAAUCAACCUGGGAAAAACCCCAAGAACUAAAGGAAAAAGAAAAAUUAGAAGAGAAGAUUAAAGAGCCAAUUAAAGAGCCUUCUGAAGAACCUCUGCCAAUGGAGACAGAGGAGGAGGACCCUAAGGAAGAGCCUAUGAAGGAAAUAAAGGAGGAGCCCAAAGAAGAGGAGAUGACUGAAGAAGAAAAGGCUGCCCAGAAGGCAAAGCCUGUAGCUACUACUCCUAUUCCUGGCACUCCAUGGUGUGUUGUUUGGACUGGUGAUGAGCGAGUCUUCUUUUAUAAUCCCACCACUCGGCUUUCUAUGUGGGACCGGCCCGAUGAUCUGAUUGGAAGGGCGGAUGUUGACAAAAUUAUUCAGGAGCCCCCUCAUAAAAAAGGAUUGGAAGACAUGAAGAAACUAAGACACCCGACCCCAACCAUGCUGUCCAUCCAAAAGUGGCAAUUGUCUAUGAGUGCAAUUAAAGAUGAGCAAGAGUUAAUGGAAGAACUUAAUGAAGAUGAGCCCAUUAAAGCAAAAAAACGGAAGAGAGAUGAUAAUAAAGACAUUGAUUCAGAGAAAGAAGCUGCCAUGGAAGCUGAAAUUAAAGCUGCCCGAGAAAGGGCCAUUGUCCCUCUGGAGGCCCGAAUGAAGCAGUUCAAGGACAUGCUGCUAGAGAGAGGGGUGUCUGCUUUUUCAACAUGGGAGAAGGAGUUACACAAGAUAGUUUUUGAUCCUCGGUACUUACUUCUUAACCCUAAAGAAAGAAAACAGGUGUUUGAUCAGUAUGUAAAGACCAGGGCAGAAGAAGAACGUAGGGAAAAGAAAAACAAAAUAAUGCAAGCCAAGGAAGAUUUCAAAAAAAUGAUGGAAGAAGCAAAGUUUAAUCCAAGAGCUACUUUUAGUGAAUUUGCAGCCAAACAUGCUAAAGAUUCAAGGUUUAAAGCAAUUGAAAAGAUGAAAGAUCGAGAAGCAUUAUUUAAUGAAUUUGUGGCAGCUGCAAGAAAGAAAGAGAAGGAAGAUUCGAAGACCAGAGGUGAGAAGAUCAAGUCAGAUUUCUUUGAAUUGUUGUCUAAUCAUCACUUGGACAGUCAGUCUCGAUGGAGUAAAGUAAAAGACAAAGUGGAAAGUGAUCCACGUUACAAAGCAGUGGACAGUUCAUCGAUGAGGGAAGAUCUUUUUAAACAGUACAUUGAAAAAAUAGCCAAGAACUUAGAUUCAGAAAAAGAAAAGGAGCUUGAAAGGCAAGCCCGCAUUGAGGCAAGCCUUCGAGAACGGGAAAGAGAGGUUCAAAAAGCUCGUUCUGAACAAACGAAAGAAAUAGAUCGAGAGAGAGAGCAACACAAACGAGAAGAAGCCAUUCAGAAUUUCAAGGCGCUUCUGUCUGACAUGGUACGUUCUUCAGAUGUGUCAUGGUCUGAUACUCGAAGGACGCUCCGUAAAGAUCACCGCUGGGAAUCUGGAUCCUUAUUGGAAAGAGAGGAGAAGGAAAAGCUUUUUAAUGAACACAUUGAAGCACUUACCAAAAAGAAAAGGGAGCACUUUCGGCAACUUUUGGAUGAAACCUCUGCGAUUACCUUAACAUCUACGUGGAAAGAAGUAAAAAAAAUAAUUAAGGAAGAUCCUCGAUGCAUUAAGUUCUCCUCUAGUGACAGGAAAAAGCAAAGAGAGUUUGAAGAAUAUAUCAGAGACAAAUACAUCACAGCCAAAGCUGACUUCAGGACGCUUUUGAAAGAGACCAAAUUUAUAACAUACAGAUCCAAAAAGCUAAUCCAGGAAUCUGAUCAACACCUGAAAGAUGUAGAAAAAAUUUUGCAGAAUGACAAACGGUAUCUAGUACUGGACUGUGUGCCGGAGGAGAGGCGCAAACUGAUCGUGGCGUACGUUGAUGACCUGGAUCGCCGGGGUCCACCCCCACCUCCCACAGCAUCAGAGCCCACCAGACGAUCAACAAAAUAAUUCUAAAUACUGUUCCCCAGGAGUAUCUAUUCAACAUGCUUGCAUGAGCCAAUUUUCAGGUUUUUACAUAUAUGUGCAUUAGUCAACCUAUUGCCGAACCACCUGACAAACAGAAGGAGAAGCAGUUUCUGAACAGAACACUUUGGAAAUAUUUAUGCUUUUCUUUGUGUGGCAUGACAGACAUACAUACUCAAAUAUAGGCUGUCUCUAGUAAAUCUAAAAUAUUGAAGCUAAAAAUCAUCCUUUUAUGAGGUGUGGAAAUCAGUGAUUUGGUGACGUUCUUUCUAGCAGUGUUAUACAUGCAAGACAUAGAGCAUUUGUGGUUUGAACUGAAAGAUGCAGAUACAGACUCCAAGAAAACCUAAGUUGGGGGGUGUUUUGUUUUGAUUUUGUUUCUUAAAGCGGGUAAAAAAGAAAACACUGAAAAUUGAAAUCUUCCAGGGGCUAAGAUUAUUAUAAUGGACACACUUUUACUUUCGUCUCUAAGGAACAGUUUAGUUCUAUUUGUUCACUUCUGUGCUCUGAUUAUCCCUCUGAUCAAUAGGCUGAGCCUUGCUGUUAGCCUGAGAGAAGACUUACCUAGUAAUUUCUUCUCAGGUGUGGAACCAUGUGCAGACUAACAUGUUGGCCAGAAUAGGACUGCUGGUUAAACAUUUUAUUCUCAAUUAAAUGGCCUUUAUCAAUAUUCUGAAUUAGACAACAAAAUUCCCGUUCUGGGUGUUCUCUGUAAACUAUACUCCUGUUUGAAUGUUAAACUUUUGUUUCUAAAGUUUAAUUUUAAGAUGUUUGAAUGUUCAGUUUAUGUAUUUGAACUACAAUAAACCAACCAUUUUUAUAUA